AUGGAGAUCUUUGGGUGGUCAUUAUGCACUAUAAUCUUCAUAGUUUCAAUCUCUUGGCUCCUAAUUAAACCUAGGAAAAACAACUCCCCACCAACUCCAUUUGCGCUUCCAAUCCUCGGCCAUCUCCACCUCCUCCAACCGCCGCCGCACCGGGCACUUCAAGCCCUCUCCCAAAAACACGGCGCCGUCGUCCACCUCCGCUUCGGUUCACGCGCAAUCGUCGUCGUUUCAUCCCCUUCCGCCGCCGAGCAGUGCUUCACCACCAACGACAUCAUCUUCGCGAACCGACCCAAAUCUCUCGCCGGCAAGCACCUCGGCUACAACCACUCCACUCUCGGGUUCUCCCCUUACGGCAACCACUGGCGCAAUCUCCGCCGCAUCGCCGCCGCCCACGUCUUCUCCGCCGCCAGCGUCAACCGCUCCGCCGCCGCCCGCGCCGAGGAAAUCCGUUUCCAGGCCAAGAAACUGGCCGCGGCGGGCCACGGCGGCGGGGAAUUCAGGAAAGUGAACUUGAAUGCUCUGUUCCUGGAUUUGGUUUACUCGGCGAUGAUGAGAAUUGUCGCCGGAAAACGGUGGUCGGAGCCGGCGGACAUGUUUGGUCCACCGACGGUGAUGAGUCUUUGCGACUAUUUUCCGGUUCUAAGGUGGGUGGGGUUUCAGGGCACGGAGAAGAAGUUAGUAAAGAUGAAGAAACAGAGAGAUUAUUUCCUCCAAGGUCUGAUAGAUGAAAGCCGGAAAACUAUAGAGAUGAAUAAGAAGAAGAAGAAGAAGAAGACAAUCAUUGAAGCUCUGCUAUUAUUGCAAGAAGCUGAACCGGAAACCUACACAGAUGAGGUUGUGAAGGGAGUGAUAAUGGUGAUGUUCACAGCGGGAACUCACAGUACAUCUCUCACCAUGGAAUGGGCAAUGGCAGCCUUGCUGAAUCGUCCUGACAUAUUAGAAAAGGCUAAAAAUGAAAUCCAGAUGCAAGUUGGAUGCAGUCGACUGGUGGAGGAUUCAGAUCUCUCAAGACUACUGUACUUACACUGCAUAAUCAACGAGACGCUAAGGUUGUUCCCAGCAGGACCACUUCUCGUGCCACAUUUUUCAUCCCAACACUGCACCAUAUCCGGGUACGAGGUUCCUAAAGACACAACUCUUAUAGUGAACGCUUGGGCGAUUCAUCGUGACUCUAAGGUAUGGGAAAAUGCAACCGAGUUUGAACCCGAGAGGUGGUUCAAGGAAAGCGAAGCUGCCACAGGGUUCAAGUUUGUUCCUUUUGGAAUGGGAAGAAGGGCGUGCCCUGGUUCUGGGUUGGCUAUCCGAUUGAUGAGUUUGGUUUUGGGUACGUUGAUUCAAUGCUUUGAGUGGAGAAGAGUUGGGCGUGCAUUAGUUAACAUGGAAGAAGGCAGUAGUGGUUUGAGUUUACAAAGGCUUCAGCCUUUGGAGGCCAUGUAUAGGCCACGCCAAUCUAUGGCCACACUCCUCUCUCAACUUUGA